AUGGCACAAUGUGAUCAGGGCAAUGCAUGUGGUAAUUUCUACUGUGCGUAUUUACAUCCUCCUGAAUGGGAUCCAUGCGAAGUAGGUAGCAAAUGUGUUGAUAUAAUGUGUUCUCAUACGUCUCAUCCUCCUGAUCGAAUUCUACAGCAACAGCAGCAAGAAAACAAUAAUCGAGAAUUACAAUUGCCCAUUUCAAAACCAUUGAAAUCAAUCGAACAACGGCAGAUCGAACGACAGAACACACCACUUCCCAUUCUUGCUGCAAAAGAUGAAUUUUGUCGACGAUUACAGAAAGAACGAGUGCUUGUGGUUAGAGCAGAGACCGGUAGCGGCAAAAGUACACAGCUUCCACAAUACGCUGCUGAAUAUUUUGGUGGAUUAGUCGUUUGUACUCAGCCACGAGUGAUCGCAGCGAUUUCACUUGCGCGUCGUGUAGCCAAUGAAUAUGAUGGAAUUUCAGUGGGUAAAUCGGUUGGCUACCGCGUUGGUCAUGCUAGUGUAGGUAAAGACAAUAAUCGAGUUCCUGGAACAGAUAUUCUCUAUGUGACUGACGCAGCUCUAGUUCAAGAGAAUCAAGAGAGUGGUGUUUUACGUGAUACUCGAGUAUUGAUCAUCGACGAAGCGCAUGAGCGCUCGUUAUAUACAGACAUUGUUAUCGGUAUGGCAAAACUAUUAUUAAAAAUGAGACCAACCGAUUUCUAUGUUGUCAUCUCUUCAGCUACUGUUGAUCCUAGCAAGUUUCUUGACUUUUUUCAACUAACUGAUUCUUCGGUGCUUAACGUUCCAGGCCGUCUGUAUGAUGUUUAUAUCGACUAUGUUCCUAAUUCAAGGGAUUCUAUUGUGGAACAUGCCGUCUCUAUAUUAUUCAAAUUAUAUGAUCAAUUUCAAGGACAUACACUUGUAUUUCUUCCUGGAGCGCGCGAAAUACAGCAAGCUAUUGACCUGUUUAAUCGUAAAAUACCCAAGAAUUGUGUUGCCUUGCCUUUGUAUGCUGCUCUCUCACCAGAAGAACAAAAUCAAGUUCUUCAAUUUGACGAAGGUUCAAACAGUGAAUUGCGAAUGGUAGUUUUCUGUACAAAUAUUGCUGAAACAUCAGUGACGAUAAAUAAUGUUCGUCUGAUCAUUGAUUCUGGAUUGGUGAAAGAAGCUCGCUUCGAUAACAAGCGUCGGUUGCCAAUUAUUGAAACCGUGCAAAUUUCUCGCUCAUCUGCCGAUCAACGUACAGGCCGUGCCGGUCGCACAGCACCAGGCCAUUGCUUUCGGCUCUAUGAACAAACAGAUUUGACCCGUCCAAAUAUCGAGCCGGCAAUUCGUCGAUCUUCACUUGAUCUUGUUGCUCUUCGUAUCAUAUGUUUGCGACUUGACCCAACAGAGUUUCCAUUCAUCGAUCCUCCUGAUGCAACCGUUAUCGAAGCAUCACUAAGUCUUUUGAAAGAACUUUCGUGCAUCGACACAAAUCAUGUCAUCACUCGACGAGGUCAACUUUUCAACGAACUCAGCUUUGACCCUUGUUACAGUGCAUUCUUAGUUGAUACCUAUCUCGAACAUGGUCCUAUUCUGGAUUUAUUAGCCACUGUUGUUCCUAUUUUAGCAACACCUGGUUUUCGGUCCGACAUGGUUGGUGCAUUAGAAGAAGAGAAACAGGCCGCUCGAAAUCGUGUUAUUGAUGGCGCUAAGGAACACGACAGUGAUUUAUUGUAUCUUGUUUCAAUCUUCAGAAAGUGGUGUGCCUCAGGAUCUAUUGAUCCAAUUACACGCUCUUGUCAAAUAUGUCAUAUGCGUUCUGCAAAAGAGGCUUCGUGUGCUUCUUGUCGGGCAGCAUACAGUAGAACUCAUCUACUCAAUAAUCGAACUUUGUGCAUUAUCGAGAAUUUAUACGAAACCACAAUUAAAGUACUUACAAAUCCACAUUGGCAGCUUAAUCCCGGUACAUUAGUCGAUGCGAAGGAGAGUGAUGCUCUUGGCAUCAAUCUCAAAAAGCAUUUUCCAGAACGACACGGUCAGAUAUUGCCAAAACGUGCUCGUUUUAAAGAUGCUACUAUGGUUCAAAGUGGCUUUCAUGCGGUCUUAAGUGAUUCUAGUGUUUUUUCUCACCGAAAAAUUGUCAAUCCUCAUUUUAUCGCAAUGUCAGUCGUGGAACUAUCUUGUGGCGUUCAUUUAAUUGAUCAAUUGCAUCCAUGUCAAUCACCAUCUGAAAGUACCGAGCAACCCAUCAUAACAAAUGCAGUCGUCAAUUCAUAG